CGCCGAGCUUCCGGUCACUCAAUCUACGGCAAGUGGGUCGUGUGGAAGCGGCGGUGGCGGUGCCAGGGGCGAGAGGGAAGUGCCUUUUGUAACACAAAUGGGUGAUGAAAAGGAAUCUUGGAAGGUGAAAACGUUAGAUGAAAUUCUUCAGGAGAAGAAGCGCCGGAAGGAGCAGGAGGAGAAGGCAGAUAUAAAGCGCCUCAAAAAUUCUGAUGAUCGGGACUCAAAGCGGGAUUCCCUUGAAGAGGGAGAGUUAAGGGAUCACCGUAUGGAGAUCACUAUCAGGAAUUCACCUUACAGGAGAGAAGAUUCAAUGGACGACAGGGGAGAGGAGGACGACUCCCUGGCAAUCAAACCACCCCAACAAAUGUCACGCAAGGAGAAGGCCCACCACAGAAAAGACGAGAAGCGGAAAGAGAAGCGGCGCCACCGCAGUCACUCAGCAGAAGGGAAACAUGCUAGGGUGAAAGAGAAAGAACGCGAACAUGAACGUAGAAAAAGGCACCGCGAAGAGCAGGAUAAGGCCCGCCGCGAAUGGGAGAGGCAAAAAAGGAGAGAAUUGGCUAGGGAGCACUCACGGAGAGAGAGGGACCGCUUGGAGCAGCUUGAGCGAAAACGGGAACGGGAGAGGAAAUUAAGGGAGCAACAGAAGGAGCAGCGGGAGUUAAAAGAACGGGAGAGGCGAGCAGAAGAAAGGAGAAAAGAACGGGAAGCCAGACGGGAGAUUUCAGGGCAUCAUAGGACCAUGAGAGAAGACUACGGGGAGAAAGUAAGAAUUUGGAGCCGAAGCCCCUUGCGACAACAGAGAGAAAAACUUGAACAGUCAGAAAUCAGGAAGCCAGUGAGAGAGGAGAAACCAGAAGGGAAAGACCCUCUUUCAGAUCUCCAGGACAUCAGUGACAGUGAGCGAAAAACCAGCUCGGCAGAAACUUCGUCAGGGGAAUCUGGAUCAGGUUCAGAAGAAGAGGAGGAGGAAGAAGAGGAGGAGGAAGAAGAAUCCAGCAGUGAAGAGUCUGAAGAUGAGGAAGAGGAAGAGGAGGAAGAAGAGGAGGAGACAGGAAGCAAUUCGGAAGAAGUCUCUGAACAGUCAGCUGAAGAAGUGAGCGAAGAUGAAAUGAGCGAAGAAGAGGAACGAGAAAACGGAGACCAUCUCCCAGUUGUUACAGAGUCAAGGUUCGACCAGGAUUCUGCGGGAAGUGAAGCCGAGGAAGAGGAUGCUGGCGAAGGAAGCCCGCAGUCCAACGCCAUGACGGAAGGCGAAUAUCUUCCUGACUCGCCCAUCUCCUCGCCCGUAGAGCUGAAGCAAGAGCUGCCCAAAUAUCUCCCAGCCCUUCAGGGCUGCCGCAGCGUGGAAGAAUUUCAGUGCUUGAACCGGAUCGAGGAAGGGACUUACGGCGUGGUGUACAGAGCGAAAGACAAAAAAACAGAUGAAAUUGUGGCCCUGAAGCGGUUAAAAAUGGAGAAGGAGAAAGAAGGUUUUCCUAUUACUUCCUUAAGAGAGAUCAACACCAUUCUCAAAGCUCAGCACCCAAAUAUUGUCACUGUUCGGGAGAUUGUCGUGGGGAGCAACAUGGACAAGAUCUACAUCGUGAUGAACUACGUCGAGCACGACCUCAAAAGCUUGAUGGAAACCAUGAAACAGCCCUUUCUGCCAGGGGAAGUGAAAACCUUGAUGAUUCAAUUGCUCCGGGGGGUGAAACACCUCCACGACAACUGGAUUCUGCACCGGGACUUGAAAACCUCUAACCUGCUCUUGAGUCAUGCUGGGAUUUUAAAAGUUGGAGAUUUUGGACUGGCCCGAGAAUACGGUUCUCCCUUAAAGCCGUACACCCCCGUCGUCGUGACGUUGUGGUACCGUGCCCCCGAGCUCUUACUCGGAGCCAAGGAAUAUUCCACAGCCAUCGAUAUGUGGUCCGUGGGCUGUAUUUUCGGAGAGCUGUUAACCCAGAAGCCGCUUUUUCCAGGAAAAUCCGAAAUAGACCAAAUUAACAAAGUUUUUAAAGACCUGGGAACUCCGAGUGAAAAAAUCUGGCCAGGGUAUAACGAGCUACCAGCGGUAAAGAAGAUGACGUUCACUGAGUACCCGUAUAACAACCUUCGCAAACGGUUCGGUGCCCUCCUUUCGGAUCAGGGAUUUGACCUCAUGAAUAAGUGAGUGGGGGGCUCCUUUCAAGAAAGCAAGAAAUGAGAUUUUUGCGGGGAUUAGAAUGGGACCCAAAUCCAGGCCAGAGUUAGAUGAGCAGAGGGGCAGCUGUAGUUCUCCAGGGAAUUUUGACAGUUGGUCCCCAUCCGGGUUGACCAUUAGCCUCUCAUCUGAAGGCUUUUUUUAAAAAAAAAUUUUCCUACAUUUGGGUAAAAUCCAGGUUUUUUGUUUCCCCCAGUCCACUGAUCCACGCUCAGCAGCUGACACCAAGCAAAGCCAUUGUAAUCUCCUGUAAUGCCCCCCGUGCAAUUUCACUCCAGGGCAUUGUGGGAAAUGGAAAACAGGCAAUCAUAUGCUUUUCCAGCGGGGGGCAGCACCUAGCCAAUCUUGGUCAAGCCUGGGCGCAGGGACUGAAGGAUAGGAAAUUGAAAAAUCUUCUGGGAAGAAGGCCAUGAAAAAAAUGACGUCAUUGCCCUGAAAAUGACAUACCUCGACUAAAAUCUUUAUUUUUUAAUCCCUUGUGUAGAACCAAUAUAAUUCUAUAAAGCAGUGGUGAAAAUGCUGGUAGGUUCAGGUUGCAGAACAGCCUGGCUUGAGAGAUGGAUCAGUGGUCUUCCAAUAUUUAUUCAAUAUCCACCCCUCAUUGAAAUAAUCCCAGGGUGUAUGCA